AUGACUUCGAGGUUCAAUUCGAAGAAAUUCGAGUACGUGCGAUAUUCCGCCAUGAGCAACGAGCCUGAACCCGAAUCCACCUAUGCCGGCCAAGCCGCAAAGCUCUCGCAUAUCGACCCCGAGAAUGAUGAUGAUGGGGCUGGAACAGCGAUGAGAGCGGACUAUGUGACGGCAAGGGAUACAGUGGUUGUUAUGGAGGAUGGAGGUCGCUUGCCCGGGCCACCGUUGCAGGAAUCAGAGAGACUGAAUGGACUCAGAAGACAGGCAAGGGGUGUUGGUGGUAACAUGAUUAGUGAAGUCGAAGGGGCGGAAGAGAUCGUAAGCGAAGAGAAUCGACUGGCAGCGGGCGAGAAAAGGAAAGAUUCACAUGACGUUGGAGGGAAUGGUGGGCAAACAUCAGGCCAAGGCUCACUCGGAAAAACCAUGCCGCCCUCGCAAACGCAUCCUUUAUUCCCACCUCUGCCACUAUACGGCCCGUCGUCAAUUACAAGAAAUCUACAAUGUUGGACAUUCAGGACUACCAGUUUUUUCAUUACCUGUGCAGUUCUGGGAGCUAUUGUAAUGGGAGCGGGAGUUAUGACUGUGCCGACUAUUUUUACUUAUUUAUGGUACAAGGCUACAUUCAGGGAUCCAGACCGAGGACGGGUAUUCUACGAGGAAGAGAAAAUACGAAGGAGGACUAGGAAAGAAGAAGAAAAUCGCUGGAAGAAGAUGAAUCGCCAAAAAUUGUCCAAGGAAAAGGUGGAUGAUAUUGAAGGUGAUGCGGGGCAAGGGGAUUUUGUACCAACAGAGGGAGGUAAAGAUCCGCUGGUUUGCGAUGUGGGAUAUUAUGCGCGAAGAGUAGGUCUAGACGUCGAAGAAAUAAAGGUUCAAACAGAAGAUGGAUUUAUCAUUCUUCUUUGGCACGUAUACGACCCAAGCGAAUAUACGCCCAUGACGACGGAGCAACGAGCGGCGCGGGGACCAGAAUUGUUCACUGAUCAAGGACCAAGUCGACCACUUUCUUCAGACUAUAAUCGCCAAUCAAAGUAUCCCGUCCUAAUGAUUCACGGUCUCUUGCAAUCAUCUGGUGCUUAUUGUACUAAUGAUGACCAUUCUUUAGCAUUCUAUCUAUGCAAACAAGGCUAUGACGUUUGGCUCGGCAAUAAUCGAUGCGGAUUCAAGCCAGAACAUAAACUUCUUGACUAUGCUGAUCCACGCAUGUGGGCUUGGAACAUUCGGCAGAUGGGUGUUCUAGAUUUGCCAGCACUUACCUCUCGCGUUCUAUCCGAAACUGGCUUCCCCAAACUAGCCCUCAUUGGUCACUCUCAAGGCACGACUCAAACAUUUGUUGCGCUCGCGAAAGAGCAACGGCCUGAACUGGGUGAAAAAAUCAGCGUGUUUUGUGCAUUGGCUCCAGCCGCAUAUGCGGGACCGCUUAUCGACAAGGGUUAUUUCAAAUUCGUGCGCAAGAUCUCUCCUUCGUUCUUUCGCAUCAUCUUUGGUAUUCAUGCUUUUCUUCCGUACAUGAUGAUCUUCCAUAAGAUUAUACCAGGAAAGAUUUUUGGUACUCUAGGAUAUCAUGUUUUCCACAUGUUGUUCAAAUGGAGUGAUGCUAGAUGGGAUAAAGGAACGCGAGAUCGUUGUUUCCAAUUCGCUCCCGUGUAUGUAAGUGCGGAGAGUAUGAGGUGGUGGCUAGGGAGAGAUGGCUUUGCGAAGCACAAGUGUAUAUUAGCAACGAAAGAGGAGAGUAUGCUGGAAGAUGAGGAAGACAGAUUGGUAUGGGGGGAUACUCAGAAUAAUUCGGAUAACAACGACGAGAAGAAGUUGACAGCCAAAGGAAAGAAGGCGUUAGGCACAUCAAACACACCUGAGAACGAGAUGCAACCCGGAGCAGAGAUGAUGGAAAACGAAGGAAAGAGGGAGCCUAAGAGAAUUAGAGCUUGGUAUAAUGAGCAGGUACCCCCGUUCGCAUUAUGGGUGUCGGGAUCCGACGAUUUGGUCGAUGGAAGGAAGCUACUCCGGAGAUUCGAGAGAGGAAGAGAACCAUGUGUGAAGGUCGUUCAUCAGAAGGUGAUAGAGGAGUAUGAGCAUUUGGAUGUUAUCUGGGCCGUGGACGCCCUUGAAAAGGUAGGCCGAGAGGUCAAAGAAGUGAUUUGGAAGACGUGUUUAGCACCGGAACGAAGCAAAUGUCGUGUCCCGCUUGGAUGUGAACAAGUGGGGGUCUGGGACGGCGUAGAGAGGUCCGGUGUCUUUGAGAGCCGAGAUUUUUCAGAGAGUAGUCGAGAUCAAAGUGACAGUGAUCGUACCCUAUGA